CCCCCCGCGAAACGUCGCCGCAUCGCUGGCCCUAAAGAGCGCACCACCGAGUACCUCGAUCUCGAACGCGUAAGGAGGGAUCAUGGGUUCGACGAGAGGAGCCAGCGCAAUCUCGAUCGCCUGGUCGGCGUCUUGCGCAAACAGAAAAAAGUCGUCAUUAUCGCAGGUGCCGGUAUCUCCGUCUCGGCAGGCAUUCCCGAUUUCCGAUCCAAGGAGGGACUCUUCGCCUCCCUACCAAAAGACCACAAGGUGAAGGGAUCGGGAAAGCACCUCUUCGACGCUUCGGUGUACAAACACGAUUCCACCACGGAGAAAUUUCACAAGAUGGUCUGCGACCUAGUCGGCAUGGUCAAGUCCGCCGAGCCGACGCUCUUCCACCAUAUGCUCGCCUCGCUCGCCGCAGAGGGCCGCCUCACGCGUCUCUACACACAGAACGUUGACUGCAUCGAUGCCAACCUACCCCCUCUGGCCACCAACGUGCCCUUGAACCCGAAGGGUCCCUGGCCGAAGACCAUCCAGCUCCACGGCAGCGUCGAACAGAUGGUUUGCUCCAAGUGCGGUACCAUCCGGCCCCUUGCGCCAGAGCUCUUCGACAGCCACGAGCCCCCGCUGUGCGACGAGUGCAAGACGUUGGACGCCGUUCGUACUACUUACGGUGGUAAGCGGAGCCACGGAAUCGGCCGCCUGCGGCCUCGAAUGGUGCUGUACAACGAGUACAACCCGGACGAAGAAGCCAUCGGCAACGUCUCGAGCGCCGACCUCAAAGGCCGCCCCGAUGCCGUCAUCGUCGUCGGCACCAGCCUGAAGAUCCCCGGCGUCCGGCGCCUCGUCAGGGAGCUGUGCCAGGCCACCCGGAGCAAACGCGGGGGCUUCACCGCCUGGAUCAACGUCGACUCGGAGCCUCAACACAACGAUUUCAAAGACUGCUGGGAUAUGGUGGUGCGUGCCAAGGCCGACGACAUUGCGCAUUUCGCCCAACUGCCCCGGUGGGACGAGCCCGCCGUCGACGGAAACGCCAUUUUGCUGAGCGAAGAGGACGAGGAGCUGCGGGAGCAGUGGCUGCGUCGUAAUAGGUUCGAGGUCCAACUGGGCCGUUCGUCCCAGGAGCCGCAGUCGUCGUCGUCGUCCCCGCAGUCCAAGAUCGAGGUCGUGCUCAAGAGCGGCGUCGACAAGGUCCAGGGCAUCCCUACGCCGACCGCCAGUCCGAGGAUGCGCCCGUCCUUGCCCGACCAAAAGCAGCAGCCCAGGGGCAAACAGAGCAAACUGUCCUUUGGGAGGAAACCCCUUCCGGACUCGAGCGGCGGCGGCGACGCGACCACCAAAAAGCGCAAGAAGUCGACGGCCAGCAAACCCGCCAAGCGCACCAAGACGGCGGCCGCUGCUCCGCCGCAGAAGAACACGGUCACGAAGGCUUUCCGAUCCGUCAAAAUGGGCGCCGUUGCUAUUCCAUUGGAAGAGAAACCCAACGGUCCCGCCGACCCCAUCAAGAUCGAAGACUCUACUUCUGGGAAGCCAAUAUCCUCCCGCUCCUCUCCCUGUAUCGGCGUGUCCACGGCGACCUGUAAGGGUAGCAUUGUGGCUGCUGGUUCCGAACGUCCUACGACCCCGACACACAACUGCGCAUCCAUUGAGGAUACAGAGAAUACCAUUUCCCCGACCUCGAAGCCUCGGGGGAUGGAAAGGCUGGUAGAUUAA